GGUGCUGUCAUGGCGGAUCCCGCUCAGCUGCCGGUGACUCCGAGCCGCCAUGAGAAGAGCCUGGGGCUCCUGACCAGCAAGUUCGUGUCCCUGCUGCAGGAAGCGGAGGAUGGCGUGCUGGACCUGAAAGCGGCUGCAGACACGCUCGCCGUCAGACAGAAGCGCCGUAUUUAUGACAUCACUAAUGUCCUGGAGGGAAUCGGGCUGAUUGAAAAGAAGUCCAAGAACAGUAUUCAGUGGAAGGGGGUUGGUCCUGGCUGUAACACAAGGGAGAUUGCUGACAAGUUGAUUGAUUUGAAGGCAGAGCUGGCUGAUCUGGAACAGCGGGAGCAGGAACUUGACCAGCAGCGUGUCUGGGUGCAGCAGAGCAUCAAGAACGUGACAGACGAUGUGCAGAACACUGGGCUAGCAUACCUAACCCAUGAAGACAUCUGCCGCUGCUUCCGAGGAGAUACUUUGCUAGCCAUCAAAGCCCCAUCAGGUACCUGUCUAGAAGUCCCAGUUCCAGAGGGGGUCAAUGGACAAAAGAAGUUUCAGAUUCAUCUGAAGAGUUCCACUGGGCCAAUAGAGGUUCUUCUAGUUAAUAAGGACACAUCCAACUCCCCUCCUGUAGUUGUUCCUGUUCCUCCACCAGAGGAUCUUGUCCAGCCACCACCUACAGUGACUGGUACUCCCAACCCUUCAUCACCUGCUCCACAAGAAGAGACUGAAAGCAGAAACCUGACAUCUGCAGAACCAAGUUCUCCUGCACAGUCUCCUGUAUUAGACCCAGAAGUAGAAAAUAAAGGACUAAAUCGUCUCCCAAGCAUAGACACUUGCCCACUCCAAUCUUCUGCCUCUCUAGAUAACAGUGCUGACCUGCCAAAUACUGCUACCUCAUUCCAGCCAAUUAAAUCUGAGUCUUCGGAUGUGCUGGAAUUUCCCACAGAUAUCUCAGAAUUAUUUGAUCCCUCAAAAGAAUGCAUCACAUCUGACCUUCUUGAAGAGUUGAUGUCUUCUGAAGUGUUUGCACCUCUGCUCAGACUUUCCCCACCUCCUUGUGACCAUGACUAUGUCUACAACUUGGAUGAAAGUGAAGGAGUCUGUGAUCUGUUUGAUGUUCCCAUUAAUCUUUGAUCUCUGAACUCGGCCUUGUGCCUUAUUGUGUACAGUAUAUGGAUACAAUUGCUACUCUACAAGAAGAAAAUUUUUAUUUUUGGAUUUCUUUGGAAAAAGAAAAGAAAUUAUUUGUGUAUUGCAAAGCGGCACAUAGACUUGAGUGAAGUAGAUUAUGCCAGCCUCUCUUCUGCCGCACUUCAUUGCUUCACCACCUGCCUUGUUCAGAGGCAGUCAUUCACAAUUGUUCAUGUAGACUCUCCAUUAUGGUGGCCAACACUGCCCCGUUUCCUAGAGACUUGGCCAUCUUGGAUGAAUAUGUGGAUAUAAAAGAAUUAUUUUUUUACUGUCCUGUUGUGGCCGCGCUUCAUGUCCUAUUUCUAAGUGUUCAGUUUCUGUGUUUUUUGUUAAAUUCCUACAGUUUUGGCCAGUAGCACACUAUGGAAGUAAAAGCACCACCUGGAGCAGCUACUGUGUGUUUUUUAGUAGUUGGUUGUGUAUGAUCCUUGUUAUAGCGGACAUAAAAGUAUACCUCCGGUGACAAAUAAACUCUUCCCAGUGCUCUUUGACCGUCAUGUACGGGAUCUUUUGUACAGUGCCUUUUUGUGCUUCUGAAUUCUCUUGAUAAUUGACUAGUAGUUGUUUUCAUUGUAUGCCAUGUUGCAGAUACCAUCCAGUUGCAUCCGAAUUACUAUCUUCACAAGCCUGUUGCUGACAUUUUCCUGUGGGAAUCUCUGCUGAUCAGUAGUGCUGAUACACAAUAUAUAUAUAUAUUUUUUUCAGCGCCAUAGACAUUAAAGGGCUAUUCCAGCUUUAGACAUUUUAUCCCAUAUCCAAAGGAUAGGGGGUAAGAUGUCUUAUCGCGGGGGCCCUCCACUGGGUCUGGAGAUGUGACGUAAUGCCACGCCCCCCUCGUGAUGUCACAGGCAUGAAGGGAGGGGGCGUGACGUGUCAUCAUGAGGGGGGGGGGGGGGGGGCGUGGCGUUAAGUCACGUCUCCAGUCCCAGCGAUGGGCCCCACCCAAUCAGACAUCUUACCCCCUAUCCUUUUGGAUAGGGGAUAAAAUGUCUAAAGCUGGAAUACCCCUUUAAAUGGAGAAGCAGAGCCUGUCCUAUACUGCCACUCCGUUCAGAUUCCUCAUGAUAGCAGCCUUUCAGUUUGUCAUAGGGUUUUCAUUAGUUGAAUAUCAGUUAUAAAAGUGUAAAAAGAAAAGUGUCAUAAAAUGUCUGUUUUGUUACUCCACUACAAUAGCUGUUGCCUCUUUAACCCCUUAACGACAAUGGCCAUAAAUGUAGGUCGAGCAGACCUGAGCAGAAGAUCGCCGAUAACACUGAUCAGUGCUAUGCCCUAUGCAUAGAACUGUUCAGUAUCUGCAAUCAAGUGAUUGCAAUAAAUAGUCCCCUAUGGGAACAUUAAAUAGUGUAGUAAAAAAAAAAAAGUUAAAAAAUGUGAAAAAUCCCCCCCCCCCAAUAAUAAUGUAAAACGUCCCUUUUUCCCAUUUUACCCCCAAAAAGCGUAAAAAAAAAAAAAUUUAUAACAUAUUUGGAAUCGCCGCGUGCGCAAGUGUCCAAACUGUCAAAAUAUAGUGUUAAUUAUCCCGUAUGGUGAACAGUGUAAACGUAAUAAAAAAAUCCAAGAUUGCUGCUUUUUUGUCACAUUUUAUUCCCCAAAAAAUGAAUAAAAAAAUGUGUUAAUUUUUAUAUGAGCAAAUGUAGUAUCAAAAAAGUACAGAUCACAGUGCAAAAAAUGAGCCCUCAUCCUGCAGCUUACAUGGAAAAAAUUAGCGUAUUAAUUUGGUUAAAAAGUUUAGAGAUUUUUUUAAAGCGGUACAAUAAUAGAAAAGUAUGUAAUCAU